AGAACAAAGGAACUGCGUGGGGGGAGAAGGUGGAGGGGUGGCCAGGAGGGUGGCAGGAGCGGAGGGGACGCUUCACCAUGGAAUAUGAAGUCAAGAAAGGGAAAAAGGGCUUUGUGUCCCCCAUCCGGAGGCUGGUGUUCCCCAAGGCUGCGCGCCGGGCAGCCUGUCGGAGCAGUGUGAGCCGCCGUCCCCUGCACUCGAUGCCCCUCUAUCCCCCCGACUACCUCAUCGACCCUCAGAUUCUGCUCUGUGACUAUCUGGAGAAAGAGGUCAAGUUCCUGGGCCACCUCACCUGGGUCACCUCCUCACUGAACCCUUCCAGCCGGGACGAGCUCCUGCAGCUGCUGGACACGGCCAGGCAGCUGAAGGAGCUGCCGCUGAAGACCACGGCGGAGCAGGACAGCAUCCUGAGCCUGUCGGCCCGCUGCCUGCUGCUCACCUGGCGCGACAACGAGGAGCUUAUCUUGCGUAUCCCCACGCACGAGAUUGCCGCCGCCUCCUACCUGCAGGACGACGCUCUGCACCUGCUGGUGCUGAAGACCGGUUUGGGCGUGGACCCGGUGCCAGCCGGCGUAGACGCCAGCCCCGGCGGGGCGGGGCGCGACCCGGGCCCGCCGGGCGUGGCGCCCGAGAAGCGGCGGGUGGGCACCACCGAGCGGCGCCACACCAUCUGCAGCCUGGACUGGCGGAUGGCGUGGGGCGGGGGCUCAGGCGCCGAGGCCCGGGCCGGGGGCGGCGGAGGCGGCGGCGGCGGCAGCCUGGAGCGCCAGCGCGCCGGGGCGCGGGCGUCGGGCAGCUGGGAGCGGCGGCAGACGUUCAGCGGCAGCUGGGAGCGGCGGCACGCCGGCGGCGGCGGCGGCGCGGGCAAGCCAGGCGGCAGCUGGGAGCGGAGGCAGGCGGGCGGCGGCGGUGGCAGCUGGGAGCGGCGCCACCCGGGCCCCAACCCGCUCGACCCGCAGGACCCCAGCCCCGACGCCUACUGCAACCUGGUCAUUCUGGCUGUGGCCAACAGGAGAAGGAAACAGACACAGAGGCUAAGCAACUUGUGCAAGGUCACGCAGGAAGCAGGCUGUGAUUUAACACUGGGACCCAGAAGUUCAGAGCCUGUACUCUUGGAUGCUGCCGAGGAGUCCUGCGCCCUCAUCUGUCAAGUCUUCCAGAUCAUCUACGGGGACCAGAGCAUUGAGUGUGUGGACCGGGCCGGCUACCACUACACAUCCACUCCUGAACGGCCGUGGCUCUGUAGCCGCAGUGAGAGCUGCCGCACUGACGGGACCUAUGCCUACGACGCUGACUUCAGCUGCUGCAGCUCCUUCAACAGCUCCCAGGACACGUUUGAAGCCUGUUACAGCGGCACGUCCACACCUUCUUUCCAUGGCUCCCACUGCAGCAGCAGCGACCACAGCGGCCUGGGCCUCGAGCAGUUACAGGAUUACAUGGUCACGUUGCGGACUAAGCUGGGGCCCCCAGAGAUCCAGCAGUUUGCGCUGCUGCUUCGGGAGUACCGGCUGGGGCUGCCCAUCCAGGACUACUGCGCAGGCCUGCUGAAGCUCUACGGAGACCGGCGCAAGUUCCUUCUGCUCGGGAUGAGGCCCUUCAUCCCGGACCAGGACAUCGGUUACUUCGAAGGCUUCCUGGAAGGCGUGGGCAUCCGCGAGGGCGGCAUCCUCACCGACAGCUUCGGCCGCAUCAAGCGCAGCAUGAGCUCCACGUCGGCGUCUGCGGUGCGCAGCUACGACGGCGCCCAGCGGCCGGAGGCGCAGGCCUUCCACCGGCUGCUGACAGACAUAACGCACGACAUCGAGGCGCUGGCCCCCGACGAUGACGAAAGCACGGACGAAGAGACCCGGGACUCCCCGGGCGGGGUCGACGCGGCCGAAGACAACUACCUGUAGCCUAUGCCGCCCUCCAUGCAGAGAGCGGGCAAGGGGUGGCCCCGCACCCCCGCCUCUGAGUCUCACGCUCCCUUGUCUGUGCUACUCCAUCCCCAGGAUCCCCUCCCCAGAACCCAACCUGGGGCUCCACGCUCCGGGCCCGGGGGCGGGGGGCGGGAGAUCGGAGGUCUGUCCCUACCGGGCCCCCCAGCUCUGGUCCCUGCAGUACCGAGAAUGUCCUGCAGGGGACGGGACUCUAACCGGGGCUCAGCAGCUCCCUCUGCCGGCCGAGGUGGGCGGAGAACUUCUCUUGAGGGUUCGGCCUCUGGACACUCGAGACUCCGCAACUUUCUGGAGGCCAAGCGAGGGGUGGAGAGUGUGCUCCACCUGCUGGCCGGUUGAGAAAAGAAUUCCCCGAGCCUGAAGACCUCUUUUCCUAUCUUACAGUUUGAGAAACUGAGGUUCAAAAGAAGAAACUGGAGGGAGUCUCCUGAUUCCCCUUAGAUAUUACCUCACGCUGGCCAUACUAAAUCAUGCAGAGGGUCUUUCUGAAGCUCUAAGAGUCAGGGUCUCCCCUUUGCAGAUGGACUUAGAUCUUUAGAUCUAAUAGAGGUUUCUUUCUACCAAGAGUCGACCCAGAGGUGCAUGAUCUGGGUCCCAGCCCUGACCCUAAGGCUCUGAACGAGUUGCUUGUUCAGAUCUUGCAAUUGGAGCGGGACAGGCUAGGCUCCCUGUCUGAUAGGUGUCCGAGCCUCUCCAUCUCUCCCAUUUUCUCUUCUGACCAGGAAGUCGGCCCCACCCACCUCACAAGGGGGUCAUAGGGAUUACUGACGGUCAAGACCUUAGUGCUAGGUCUAACACAUGAUAAGUGUUCAAUAAAUGCUGUUCCCUUCCA